AUGCAGCAGUCUCAGAGCCAGCCGAACGUGCUCGUCUCAGCACUGCAGCCAUCGCUGUCCCCCCAGUCCGUCGCGCGUCGUCGCACCACCGUCGCCAACGAUGCCGAACUGUCGCGCCCCCGCCCGUCCGGCGCUACCAUCGAGCGCGCGCCGCAUGCCGACAAUCACGUGGACGUGCAGAUUCUGAAGAAGCUGUCGGCGUCGGUCUCGCACUUUGAAGGGCCGCGCAAGAACUUGUCGUUCGUCGUGUCGGUGGAGACGCUCAUUCCCGGCCGUCGCGCCUUCUCGGACGAGCGCGAGUCGUGCCAACUGGUCGCCCGGUCGUUUGACGACUUUCGGCGCUUCCGCAAGUCGCUCUUGGCUCGAGUCGGGAGUCUCCACGAUCCAGUGCUGCUGCUGUCUGGACGGAGCGGCAAGUGUCGAUGCGACGGCAUCAAGGGCUGCUCCUUUGACGUCACGCGGAGCUUUCUCGAACGACUCAAGUUCACGCGCAUGCCUUUCCUGAGUCUCGGCGAGAGCGAGGCCGACCUGAUCAAGCGCCAGCAGGAGAUGAACAACUUUCUCCACAUUAUCUUUGCCAUUCUGCACCGCAUGCAGCCAGGAUCGUGGCACUCGGAGUGCCGGUUCUUGCAGGACGUGAUGGCGUUUCUGGAGGUGGAGGAGUCGUUCUCGCAGCAGAUGGAGCUGAUGUUGCGGUGCAAGAACCGCCACAUGAAUCUGGACGGCUGGAAGGCACAUACCUUGGAGACGUUUGGCUCGGGUAUUGGCGUGUAA